CAUACCAUCAUGGGCGAAGAACACUGACAUUUAAAGAGGUGUCGAGCUGGUAACACCCACCACGCUUCCCAGGCUCAGUCAUCAGGGGUUCAGUCUCUUCAAGAGGAACCUGCUCCAAAUCACCAACACAAUCCCAGUCGAGGCAAAGCGUGGGUCGCAAAGAGGGACUAUGAGAUCCGGAUAGUUUUUCCUUGCAGUGUUUGCCAUGCCAGACACGAACAUCCCAGAAUUUGGAAAGUUUUUUUUUCUGACUUCAGGAAGUCUGUGACGGGAAAAUUGCAUUAGCUCGUCAGAAGGUCCAAGUGGAAGCAAAUAUUAUAACCUGUAUAAGGUAAACGUGUCGGGAUUUUAUUUAAGUAUAUCCGUCAAUGUGCGUUUGGUAAUACGGUCGAAUUACUCCAAAACUAAAAGUGGCUGUAAAGGAAGCGAUCAGAAACUCUUCACUGGACAUGCUCUAUCAUCUCAACGGAUUACCGACAUCUCAGUCCCCUUAAACCGGAUGCACAAAAGGAAUUAAAUCACUCAGAUUGUUUCCUUGUUGGAUAAGAUCACAGUUUGCACUUAACAUCAACAGAAGCGUCACAUGCUGAUGGCUCAACGGUACGAAGACCUUGCCCUCUAUGGUGGCGGUAUGGAUGGAGUUGGGGUUCCGACGUCCAUGUACGGGGACCCGCACGGGCCUCGGCCCCUGCCGCAGGUUCACCAUUUGAACCACGGGCCACCGCCACAUGUCAACCAGCACUACGGGGCCCACGCACCGCACGGCAUCAUGCCCAGCAGCAUGGGCUCGGCUGUCAACGACGGACUUAAGAGAGACAAGGACCAAAUUUAUGGGCACCCGUUAUUUCCGCUGCUGGCGCUGGUGUUUGAGAAGUGCGAGCUGGCCACAUGCACACCGAGAGAGCCCGGAGUCGCUGGAGGAGAUGUGUGCUCAUCCGAUUCAUUUAACGAGGACAUCGCUGUGUUUGCCAAACAAAUUCGGGCAGAGAAGCCGUUAUUUUCUUCUAAUCCAGAGUUGGACAAUUUGGUAAAGUCGCUUCAAAGGUCCAUAUGA